GAGGGGCUACCCGGACGCCCGCCCUCCCUCCGCUGAAACCAGUCCCCGAAGAGAAAGUCACCAGGGGGUGGGGAAAUGGUGACAGCUCCAGGAAACUGCCGCCGGCAGCGGGAGACACGGAGGGGCGGCAGCCCGGUGGCUGGCAGCUCCCCACCGCCUCCGCCGCGGCGCAGCGCAGAGAGCCCCGCCGGGUGCCGCUAGCCUGCUCGCGGCCGCCGCAGCCAUGGACCCCCCGCAGCGGCCGCCGCUCGCACACGUCUUCAGGGGCACCUUCGUGCACUCCAACGCCUCGGCGCCCAUGGAGGUCCUCCACGGACACCUGCUGGGGGUGGACGAGAGCGGGACGAUCGUGUUUUUGGAGCAAACUGAUCAGCAAGAGCAACUGGUUAGGAAGUGGGGGUUCAAAACGUCUGACAUAAGAGAGCUGAGUAACCAUGAAUUCUUCAUGCCAGGAAUGGUUGAUACACACAUUCAUGCUCCUCAGUAUUCAUUUGCUGGUACAAGAGUAGAUCUACCUCUUUUGCAGUGGUUGACGACCUACACGUUCCCAACAGAAGCCAAAUACAAAGACAGUGACUUUGCAGAAGAAGUGUACACCAGAGUUGUUAGACGAACUCUAAAGAAUGGCACGACUACAGCUUGCUACUUUGCGACAAUUCAUACAGAUACUUCUCUUCUUCUUGCUGAAAUUAUUGAUAAAUUUGGUCAACGAGCAUUUGUUGGAAAAGUCUGCAUGGAUAUGAAUGACAGUGUGCCACAAUACCAAGAGACUACUGAAGACUCUGUCCAAGAGACAGAAAGGUUUGUUAAAGAACUACUGGACAAGAAAUAUCCAAGGGUACAGCCUGUAAUAACUCCCCGCUUUGGCCCUUCCUGUACAGAGGAUUUGCUUUGUGCGCUUGGCAAUUUAGCACAGGCUCGUGACCUCCAUGUGCAGAGUCACAUAAGUGAAAAUGAAGAAGAACUCAAACUUGUGGAGAACAUGUUUCCUGCCUACCAGAAUUACACUGAAUUAUAUGAUAAAAACAAGCUGCUUACCAGCAAGACAGUGAUGGCUCAUGCCUGUUAUCUUUCUGAAGAAGAGCUGAAACUUUUUAGUCUUCGUGGAGCUGCAAUUUCACAUUGUCCCAAUUCUAAUUUUUCGUUGCGCAGUGGUGUCUUAAAUGUGCAAAAGGUCCUGAAAAACAAUGUGAAACUUGGCCUUGGCACAGAUGUUGCUGGUGGAUAUUCAGCUUCUAUGCUUGAUGCCAUCAGGAAAACAAUGAUGGCAUCCAAUAGCCUUCAGAUCAAUAAAGUGAAUGAAACAGGACUAACUCUUGAAGAAGCUUUUCAACUUGCCACUCUGGGAGGAAGCCAAGCUCUAGGACUAGAUGACGUGAUUGGCAACUUUGAGGUUGGCAAAGAAUUUGAUGCACUGCUAAUCAACACGAAAGCUUCAGACAGCCCUUUUGACUUGUUCUCUGCUGAUAAUUUUGAGGACACUCUCCAGAAGUUCCUGUAUCUAGGUGACGAUCGGAAUAUUUCUGAAGUGUACGUGGCUGGAAGACAAGUGGUUCCUUUUUCAAGUUCAGUAUAAAUCCAUUUCCCUUUUCCAAAAUACUCUGCUGAUCACUCUGCAUCUGAUUUCAAAUAGAUUGAUUAAACACAGUGCCUGACCAUCAGGAACGACACCUCAUUUUUGUUUAAUGUUUUAAAACUUGCAAACACUAAAAUUUUGUUAGACCUUUCAAUAAUUACUUUACCAAAUUUGUCAUAGUUCUAGAGGAAAAGAUUAUUUAAAUUUCUGUGUAAAACAGCAUGUGUGCAUAGACAAGGCAUUUGGUAAAUAUCUUAAUUAAAGAGGACACCUGCUAUUCCUUUUAAUAAUAGUGUAGGAAGCAUUAUGAAGAGCAGUGAGACCAUCAUUGUCUAUAAUGCAUCUCAAUUAAAAAAAAAUAUAUAAUAAAGAGAAGCCAGUGCUAAUAAAUUGAUUUUUCAGGUAAUGAAUAUAAUGGAAGAAUUCAAUCUCUGUAAUAUUAUAUUAUUUCCAAGUGUGGUAAAAUCAGUGGCAUUUGGGGGCAUUUAGAACAUUUUCCAGUUUUCUUUAGGACCUUAUUUUUUAAGGAAAAUUGGAUGAGAAGUAUGUAUUCAUAAAAUAAAAUAAGGGUCCUUAUUAUUAAAAGAGCUCCAAUUUGUCGUCUGUAGUCAGACAGAAGAGAAUUAGUGGAAGAACUGAAAGAAAUGGGGCAUUAGUUGUAGAGACAUGGCCUGUGAGAAUGGGAGGGCUGCAUUGUUCUGUGAUACCAUCAGCUGAAAAUGCAUUUCCACAGAAUUUGUUCCUAGGUCUAGAACUGGUCAGCCAGACCUUCCACCUACUCUGUUGCAAUCAUUUCAGCUGAGUGACAGCUGAAUGAAACCUGUGUAAAUUUAGAAGCAGGCAUUAAGAUACUUGAGCAGCUACUCAAUGGCAAACAAAUCAUGAUGUUUUUCUGGACUAAAGAGAGUGCUUCAUCUAAUCCAGCUUCCUGCAGAACCUUCUAAAGGUCAUCUGCUCCUGUUCAGAUAGAAGGAGCCCCUUCUUUCUGCAAGGGAAGUGAAUUUUUAAAAAGUCCAAGAGAAACAGGGUAUUUCUGGCCGUUACCAUCUUUGACUUGAGGUGGAAAUUGUUACUGGACAACACAGCUGAGCUUUAAUGUGCUCUCUGGUUUCUUUCAAUAUGGCAGCCAUAAUUCCAGCCUUGUACAAUUCCAGGUAAAAAGUGUGCCCUUCUGAUUUUGGGAAUCUAUGUGACUUCUUUUUGUUUAAAAAAAGCAUAUUUCACUAUUUUUUAUCAGAGACUUCUUUUUUUUCCCCUGAAAUUGGUUUGAGAGGGGAUUGCUUCUUGUUUAUGAUGUUUUUGCAAGACAAAAGGUGUAAGCUUUAAUUUCAGUGUCAGUAGAGACAAUAUUGUGUUGAGUUACUACAGAUACGUGUGGAAUAUUGUUAUAUGGCCUGCUUCAAACUCCUUUAAUUUCACUAAGCUUUGUUUCACACUAUUAUCUCACUGUAUGGGGAUAUAAAGGCACAGGACUUCCCUGUGUUCACAGAACAAGGGAGGUUACUGCACCAAAGUCUCAUUUCAUGUCUACUUCCGAGAGAGUACUUGACCCAACAUCACUGAUAACUUUCUGAUAUUAAAAGCAUAUUCAGAGCUUAUGUACCAUUAUGGUUACAUCUACAUGAGCCAGUAUGGCAUCAAGUGGAAGUGUAAGAGCUGGCUUGGGCACUUAGAGCAGCACA